AUGUCGAUGCAUACUGCCACAGAGAUGAGAUGGCAUAAGGAAAAAUGGGUAGACGAUGAUGUGAUGCGGCAUCCUGCAAAUGGGGAGGCAUGGAAAGAGUUCGAUCGAACGUUCCCCGAGUUUGCUGCUAAUCCCCGAAAUUUUAGAUUGGGACUUGCCACUGACGGAUUCAAUCUGUAUGGGGUUCUAAACCAACACCACAGCACUUGGCCGAUUUUCAUAUUCCCAUAUAAUUUGCCGCCUUGGAAAUGCAUGAAAAAAGAAUACAUGAUGAUGACUGUUUUGAUAACUGAGGAUCCUGGCAGGUCAAUCGAUGUUUACUUAAGGCCGCUGGUUGAUGAGCUGAAGGAUUUAUGGACAAACGAUGUUCGCAUGUACGAUAAAUCAACUAGGAAGAUGUUCACUUUGCGGGCAGCAGUUAUGUGGACUGUGAAUGAUUUCCCAACAUAUGCAAUGGUUUCUGGGUGGAGCACAAAGGUUUGUUACCUUGGUCAUCGGAGAUGGUUGCCAUGGGACCACGAGUGGAGGGAAAAAGAUAAAGAGUUCGACGAGAACACAGAGUAUCGCCUCAGACCUAGAGAAUGGUCCGGUGAUGAGAUAUUGGACCAACUUAACCGGUUGGAUUUUCCUCCGUUCGGGAAAACAGUUAGUCGGAUCAGACCUUCUACACAUAUGAACUGGACACACAAGCCUAUGUUUUUUGAGCUCCCAUAUUGGUCGAAACUCAAAUUGAGGCAAAAUCUAAAUGUGAUGCAUGUUGAGAAAAAUGUAUUCGACACAUUGGUGGGCACGAUUUUAGAUAUCGAGGGCAAGACAAAGGACACGAUCAAAGCUCGUCUUGAUUUGGAAAGAAUGGGCAUACGAAGGGGUUUAUGGAUGAAUAGGGACAGUGAUAAAGCUAGAAGGGAUCUUGCAUUCUUUUCUAUGAAACCGAAUGACAAGAAAGAGUUUCUAAAGUUUGUAUCGUAUGUAAAGUUUCCCGAUGGGUAUGCUUCUAAUAUCUUACGUUGCGUUAAUGUUGACGGGGGUAAAUUUACUGGACUUAAGAGCCAUGACUGCCAUGUGUUUAUGCAACGCCUACUUCCUGUGGGCAUUCGACAUCUAUUGCCGAAAGAUACGGACAUGUUUCAGUUGCGCCAUGACAUUUUCCAAGUCCUAUGCAAGUUUGAGAUGAUAUUUCCUCCAGCUUUCUUCACAAGUAUGAUGCACGUGAUGGUUCACUUGCCAGAAGAGACAUUGCUUGCUGGUCCUGCUUCUCGGAGAGCUGAAAAAAAGUGUACGCAACCCGAAGGAUCAAUUGUAGAGGCUUGGGUUCAAUAUGAGUCACUUACUUUAUGUGGAAUGUAUUUAAAAGAUGUGGAGACGGUUUUCAAUUGUCCUCAGUGCAAUCAUAACGGAGGUAUGAGAAAUGAAAAACUUUCUGUUUUUGCCCAAAACGCACGACCCUUUGUAGAUCCUGGACGAGGAGAGUCGUUUUCUAGAAAUGACAUGGAGUUAGCGCAUUGGUUCGUGAAUAAGUUGAAAUCAUCGAAUUCCCCAACUUACAGUGAUGAGUUAUAUAACUUGGCGUUUAGCCCGAUUCACGCUGAAUUGUUCUCGGGUUGUAAUGUUAACGGCGUCAAAUUUUUGGGGGGUGCACGAGAUGACAAGUUGUGUACACAAAACAGCGGUGUCCAUGUCCCAGGUGGAGGCGAAAGUACGGACAUUCAUUUCUAUGGCAAACUCACAACUAUCGUGCAAUUGCUUUACAAAGAUCGAUACCAAGUGAUGACAGCGAAAGUGAUGAUAGCGACAAUAACGAAAUGGAUAUAUUUUGUGUAA